UGGCUCGUGCAGGACACCAUGGUUUUUGUCAAUCUCCAUUCUGCACAUUUUGAUGAAUCUCAGUGGAAGUUCCCAGACGAAUUCAGCCCCUCCAACUUCCUGAAUGAAAAGGGAGAGUUUGUGAAGCUGGAAGCCUUUUUGGCAUUUUCAGCAGGACCAAGAGUCUGCGUAGGGGAAAACCUGGCCCGGGUGGAGCUCUUCCUCUUCUUCACCAGCAUUCUCAGAAACUUCCAGUUGUCGUGGCCAGAUAAAUCACAAGCACCAGAUUUUACACCACGCUUAGGGAUUACACAAUCCCCAUCUCGUUUUAAGGUAUUGCUGAAAUGUCGCCAGCCAAGUGAAUAG